UCCAUUUUUGCCCAAUUCCAUUUUUUCACCUGAAAACUGGAGUUCAUGCUUCAAAAUAAUCUUUCAACAAAGCGGAAAAAGAAAGAAUCCAACCACCACUUCUAGAAUCCUUGCAUUUCAUACUCUUGAAAUCCUGGGCAAAAUCUUCUGGUUGAUGGUUCCGAUCGGAAUUCUUUGGGUUCCUCUCAGAUAUUCUGCCAAGAAAGUAUCUGUUUGCUGAAGAUGACAAUAGUGACACCAUCGUCUAAGAUCAAGAGGUCCCCGGCAUGUACUCCCGGCGGUCCGAAAGUCCGGGAGGAAAAUAUUUUAGUGACUGUGCGGAUGAGGCCACUGAGCUCGAAAGAGAUAGCUGCGUAUGAUCUGGUUGCGUGGGAUAUCAACGACCACACUACCAUUGUUUCGAAGAAUCUAUAUCACGAGAGACAUGGGGGUUCAUACACAUUUGAUAAGGUUUUUGAUCCGACUUGUCCCACGCGAAAGGUUUAUGAAGAAGGUGCCAGAGAUGUUGCUUUGUCAGCUCUCGGUGGAAUUAAUGCAACAAUCUUUGCAUAUGGGCAGACUAGUAGUGGGAAGACAUUCACAAUGAGGGGUGUGGCAGAAGAUGCGGUAGAAGACAUUUACAAGUACAUUAAACUUACUCCUGAGAGAGAAUUUCUGCUCAAGUUCUCUGCCUUGGAGAUUUAUAAUGAAACUGUUGUGGAUCUACUGAACCGGGAAUCUGGGCCCCUCCGCCUGCUGGAUGACCCAGAGAGAGGAACCGUUGUGGAUAAGUUGAUUGAAGAGGUUGUGAAGGAUGAUCAGCAUUUGAGGCACCUGAUAAGCAUUUGUGAAGCACAAAGGCAGAUCGGCGAAACCUCUCUGAAUGAUAGAAGUUCAAGGUCACAUCAGAUAAUCAGGCUGACAAUUGAAAGCAGUCUUCGCGAAGACUCAGGAUGUGUGAAAUCAUUUCUAGCCAGUCUGAAUCUUGUGGAUCUUGCGGGAAGUGAGCGUGCCACUCAAGCAAAUACAGAUGGUACAAGGUUGAAGGAAGGGAGUCAUAUUAAUAGAAGCCUACUGACAUUGACAACUGUAAUCAGGAAGCUAAGUAGUGGAAAGAGAAGCGGUCACAUUCCUUACCGAGAUUCAAAACUCACAAGAAUAUUGCAGACAUCGCUUGGUGGAAAUGCACGAACAGCAAUUAUAUGCACCAUCAGUCCUGCUUUGAGCCAUGUGGAGCAAUCAAGAAACACACUUUCAUUUGCAACAAGUGCAAAGGAAGUUACAAACAGUGCCCAAGUUAACAUGGUUGUUGAGAAGAAGCAAUUAGUUAAGCACCUUAAAGAGGAAGUUGCUAGGCUGGAAGCAGAGCUCCGGAGCCCCGAGCCACCUGCAUCCUCAAGUGUAAGAACUUUGCUGAGGGAAAAGGACAUGAAGAUUAAGCAGAUGGAAAGAGAAAUUUCUGAGCUGAAGCGACAAAGAGACCUUGCACAAUCACAACUUGAGCUAGAAAAAAGCUCACACAAAGAACAAAAGGCUUCUGGCCAUCAUGGACCUUCUUGCCAUGCAGUUAAGCGGCUCUCCUUUAGCACUGAAAAUGACCUUUCUCAAACAGGUGAUUCAAAACUCAAGGAACGCAGGGAGAAAAACAUAGGAGGAAAAUCAGUAAAUUCUACAGUAAUGUUAGUUACUGAAAUAAGAAAGCUGGAGACAAGACAAAGGCAACUUGGUGAAGAAGCAACUCGUGCACUGGAGCUUCUUCACAAGGAGGUUGCUUCUCAGAGGAUUGGAAAUCAUGAUACUGCUGAAACGAUUGCUAAGAUGCUAUCAGAAAUCAAAGCUAUGCAUGCAGCAAGUUUCACUCCGGACAUGGUUUGCGUAAAAGAUAAAGCUACCUUAAGAGAAGAGAUUGCACGGUUGCAUUCUGAAGAAGGUGAUAUCUCUGUUCUUGAAGAGAAGCUUGAGAACGUCCAGAGAUCCAUAGAGAAACUAGUUAUGAACCUUCCAACCUGUGAGGAGACUCCCGAGUCAAAGAGCAAAAAGAAAAAGGGCCUUCCAUUCAGCUUGAGCAAUGCAGCUAACAUGCAAAAUCUAAUACGCUCACCAUGCUCUACAACGGGUUCGUCUCACAAAGUAAUGGAACAUGAUAUUGAAAACAGAACCCCGGAAAGAAAUGGUGUCUUUUCUGGUGCAGACUCAACCCCCAGGAAAAAGAGGAUCUCUAAUGCUGAUGAAAAUUAUGGUUCUGCAUUAAGAGAAAACAUGUCUGCCAAGAAGCAAUCGAGCUCCAUCAAUGUGAAGAAAAUGCAGAGAAUGUUUAAGCAGGCAACUGAGGACAACAUACAAAGUAUUAAAUCUUACGUUAUUGAGCUGAAAGAAAGGGUUGCGAAGCUACAAUACCAGAAACAGCUACUUGUUUGCCAGGUCUUGGAGCUAGAGGAGGUGAACGAGGCUUCAACUGAAGAUGAGGCUGAGAGAGUCGACAUAUCAUCUCCUAUGCCAUGGAACACGGUCAAUUUUGAAGAGAAAAGGAAGGAUCUCAUAAUGCUUUGGCAUGUCUGCCAUGUCUCAAUCGUGCACCGCACUCAGUUCUAUCUGUUAUUCAAAGGAGAUCCUUGUGAUCAGAUUUACAUGGAAGUCGAGCUCAGAAGGCUGACAUGGCUGGAGCAGCAUCUCGAUGACCUUGGCAAUGCCAGCCCUGCACUCUUAGGUGAUGACCCUGCUAGCUCAGUGUCAUCAAGCAUCAAGGCCCUUAAACAAGAGAGGGAGUAUCUAGCCAAGAGGGUGAGCUCGAAACUAAGUGUGGAAGAGAGAGAGAUGCUGUACAUGAAAUGGGAGAUUCCGCCCGAGGGGAAGCAGAGGAGGAGGCAGCAGCUUGUGAACAAGCUAUGGACGGAUCCUCUCGAUAUGCAGCAUGUGAAGGAGAGUGCAGAAGUGGUGGCGAAGCUUGUUGGCUACUGUGAAUCGUCGCAGCCCAUUUCGAAGGAAAUGUUUGCUCUCAAUUUUGUGCCACUUAGUGAUAAGAAGACAUGGAUGGGGUGGAAUUUGAUAUCAAACUUACUUCAUCUGUAAAAAUAGAUGGCAUUUUAGAAUUGAGUAAAGGCCAAAAUUGAUCCUGAACAUAUGGUCAUUUUACGUUUUUAGUCCUAAACAUUAUCUUUUGGAUUUUUUGGUCCUGCACAUAUGAAAAUUUGAUCAUUUUGGUCCUC